UUGCUCGUGGCAAGCAGGCUGCGUUCAACAUUGGAUAAGUGAUCGUCUUUCAGACUAACAUACGAUUUCCCCCGUCCCCGUUCUUGGAAUGCAACUCGUAGGCUUGUUUUCCCCCCUCAUAAAUCAAAUGAUAACGCUAAUCCCGUAGUGGAAAGUGUUUACCAGUCUCUGGGAAUGUUUUCGGUCAUAUCGCUAUGGAUUGAGUCUUUUUCAAACGGCUGAACAAUUUAAAGGAUCAGUCUUUCGCGUGAGUGUUUGACUACCUACACGAAGACCGGGCGGGCGAACCAACUAACGUUAACGUUACCUAACUUGAUGUUUCGUUUGGUCUGUUCAGGAAAAAAACUGGUCCCGAAUGUCUCCACGUAUUGCAAAGCUUAUACUCGGGAAGAUUAUUCGUCUUAUUAUCUAGGAAAAGGCGUGUGUUAGGGACUUCACCCACAAUACGGAUUUUCUUCGAGGGAUUUUCUGAGAGGAUUAUUUUUUUAAAAAGUGAUGGCCGAGCGGGGAGCAGAUUUUCUGCUCUCUCUCAUCUGUCUCACCUUUCUACACCCGCUUUCCAUGGCCGUUCAUGUCGACAAAGAGUCAACAGUGCCUCAAUUCAUUCCAUUUGGCUUCUCUGUGGAACCAGUGGACAUACUUGUGGUACGAGGUGGACCGGCCAUACUAAACUGCUCAGUGGACAGCCCAGUAGCUGCUCGAGUAGAGUGGAAGAAAGAUGGUAGCUUCUUGAGUCUGCAGGCAGAUGAGCGACGGCAACUCCUGGAUGAUGGCUCACUGUUCAUCUCGUCAGUGGUGCAUUCAAAACACAAUAAACCUGAUGAGGGUGUUUACCAAUGUGUGGCAUCCAUCCAGAACAUGGGCACUAUAAGUAGCAAGACAGCACGGCUCAGCGUGGCAGGUAUACCUAGGUUCUCCAGUCAGCCUGAAGCAGGCCUUGUGAAACAUGGUGAUAACCAUGUAUUCUUAUGCGACAUUAAUCAGGACCUUGUGGCUUUUUCCCGCUGGGAGCUCAACCGGCAGCCCUUAUUGCUAGAUCAGAGGGUCUUUCAACUGCCCAGUGGGGCACUGGUUGUCAGCAAUGCCUCUGAUGCUGAUGCAGGACUUUAUCGCUGUGUGGUUGAUACAGUGGGUGCAAUGAAAAACAGUGAAGAAGCGGAGCUUAAAGUCAUAUCUGAAACCGCAGAUCGGAGAAAGCUUGAAUUUUUGAAGACGCCCUCAGCCAUGUCCAGAGUGCUAGGGGACAGUGUACUUAUGCCCUGUGUGGUGACAGGCUAUCCUGCUCCCUAUGUUAGAUGGAUGUUUAAUGGCCAGCUCAUUGAGGAGAGUGAGGAACGUUUUGAAAUUGUUGGUGGGGGAAGUCUGCGUGUUCUCAACCUAACUGAAGAGGAUGCUGGGACAUUCAGCUGCCUUGCAGACAAUUUGAAUGACUCCAUAGAGGCUCAGGUUGAGCUGAAAAUUCAAGUUCCUCCCCAGUUCCUGAAAAAGCCAGCGAACACCUAUGCCCAUGAAUCAAUGGAUAUCAUCUUUGAGUGUGAAGUAACAGGCUCACCUGCACCAACUGUCAAAUGGGUCAAGAAUGGAGAUACGGUCAUCCCCAGUGAUUACUUCAAAGUAAUUAAGGAGCACAAUCUCCAGGUGCUUGGACUGGUGAAAUCCGAUGAAGGCUUCUACCAGUGUAUGGCUGAGAAUGAUGCUGGCAAUGUACAAGCCAGUGCCCAACUCAUUAUUCUGGAACAUGAUGUGUCCCUGCCCUCCCCCUCAUCCCCCUCACUGAUCAGUGCCACUACUGAACAUGUAACACCAGGCUCUGGUGGCAGCGACGGACCUACACCCUCAGCCCCACGUGAUCUUGUGGCUUCGCUCGUGUCCACCCGCUUCAUUAAGCUGACCUGGAGGCAGCCAGCUGAGACCCAUGGGGAAGAAGUUGCCUACUCUGUCUACUACAGCCAGGAGGGUAUGAACAGGGAACGCAUAGUGAACACCAGUCAGCCUGGAGAGAUGCAGGUCACCAUUCAGAACCUCAUGCCCGAUUGCAAGUACACCUUCCGGGUGGUUGCACGCAAUAAUAAUGGUGUGGGAGAGAGCUCCACUGCCCUGACUGUCGCCACACAGCCUGAAGUUCAGGUACCAGGACCAGCUCCCAAUCUUCAAGCCGUGGCCACCUCCCCUACCUCAAUUACUGUAAGCUGGGACAUCCCUCUCACAGGCAAUGGAGAGAUUCAGACUUACAAGCUUUACCACACUGCAAAAGGCCAAGACACAGAGCAGGAAAUGGAUGUAAAAGGUCUGUCAUACACCUUCAGUGGGCUUAAAAAAUUUACAGAGUACAGCUUCCGAGUGGUGGCUUAUAACAAACAUGGACCAGGGGUAUCAACAGAUGAUGUGAUGGCCCAGACAUUUUCAGCUGUACCAAGUGCCCCACCACAGAAUGUGACUGUAGAGAUUCUGAACUCAAAGAGUAUUAUGGUGCGAUGGCAACCGCCGCCUGCAGAUGAUCAGAAUGGGGAGAUUACUGCAUAUAAAAUCCGUUACCGAAAGGGGGCCCGAAAAAGUGAGGCGUCAGAAAUUGUUGCAGGGACACAGCUCCACAAACUCCUUGACAAUUUGCAGCGUGGAACUGAAUAUUCAGUACGAGUCACUGCUAUGACGUUAAAUGGGUCAGGUCCAGCCUCAGACUGGGUUACCUCUGAGACCUUUGAGAGUGAUCUUGAUGAGUCCAGAGUUCCAGACAUCCCAAGUUCCUUGCAUGUGCGACCCUUGGUCAACAGCAUAGUAGUGAGUUGGACUCCUCCAGAGAACCAAGAUAUCGUGGUCAGAGGUUACACUAUUGGCUAUGGUAUCGGCAGCCCACAUGCUCAGACUAUAAAAGUGGACUACAAACAGCGGUACUACAGCAUUGAGAACCUAGAUCCAAGUUCCCACUAUGUGAUAACUUUGAAGGCUUUCAAUAAUGUUGGAGAAGGCAUACCUGUCUAUGAGAGUGCCAUCACCCGGACCCAAGCAGUCGUAGAUCCUACCCCCAUGCUGCCCCCAGUGGGAGUGCAGGCCUCCGUGCUCAGCCAUGACACAGUCAAGGUCACCUGGGCUGACAACUCGCUGCCCAAGAACCAGAAGAUCACAGAUGCCCGUUAUUAUACAGUGCGCUGGAAAACUAACAUACCAGCCAACACCAAGUUUAAGAUGGCCAACACUACUACCUUGAAUCAUAUGGUUACUGGGCUGAAGCCCAACACACUAUAUGAGUUUUCGGUCAUGGUAACUAAAGGACGAAGAUGCAGUACUUGGAGCAUGACUGCCCAUGGCACAACAUUUGAGAGCAUUCCCAGCUCUUCCCCAAAAGAUGUGACUGUUGUUAGCAAGGAGGGCCGGCCAAGGACCAUCAUAGUGAACUGGCAGCCUCCUUCGGAAGCCAAUGGAAAAAUUACAGGGUACAUAAUCUACUACAGCACAGAUGUCAAUGCAGAGGUGCACAACUGGGUAAUUGACCCUAUAGUGGGCAACAGACUUACUCAUCAGAUCCAAGACCUCACGCUGGACACCACAUACUUCUUCAAGAUUCAGGCUCGCAACUCCAAGGGCAUGGGCCCCAUGUCAGAGGCUGUACAAUUCCGUACACCUAAAGCUGAAUCCUCAGACAAAAUGGCUAAUGACCAAGCCUCUGGCCUCCCAAAGACCGGUAGCCGACUCCCAGUCCCAGAAAGAGAUGGAGUUGUUGGAAAGACCACCAGUGAGAACCACAUUCUGGUAAUCGUCAUAAUAAUCUCAGUGGGUGCCUUUACCAUCAUAGUGGUGGUGGUUGGAGCAUUUCUGUGCACUCGACGCACCACCUCCCAGCAGAAAAAGAAACGAGCUGCAUGUAAGUCCACCAAUGGCUCACACAAGUACAAAGGCAACACCAAGGAUUUAAAGCCACCAGAUCUGUGGAUCCACCACGAGCGGCUAGAGCUUAAGCCUAUGGACAAGUCUCCUGACCCCAACCCAGUCAUGACGGACACUCCUAUUCCACGUACAUCUCAAGAUAUCACACCUGUUGACAGUACCUUGGAUAAUCCAGUGCUUCAGAGACGUAAUUCAUAUCGUGGCCAUGAGUCAGAGGACAACAUGUCUACACUGGCAGGCCGUCGGGGAAUGAGGCCUAAGAUGAUGAUGCCUUUCGACACUCAGCCUCCUCAGCCUGUGAUCAGUGCUCAUCCCAUCCAUUCCCUUGAUAACCAUUAUCACCAUUAUCACCUGGAUACCCUGACCUCACCCACUCAUGGCCACCUGCAUCACCAACACAGCCCUCGGUCCAUCUCCACCCCCAUCUCUCAUCUAGACGGGUCCAAUUCCACAGAGUCCGUGAGCCGCACCAUUGCCAGUACGGAGCUUCUCCCUGCUGCCUCUGCACAACCCGUCUACUCAGUGGAACCCUCUGAGACAGAAGUCAGCUACCACAGCUCAGCUACUGAGGAGGAGCCGAAUACGUACCCACCCACUGCCCAUGUGCGACCAACACACCCACUCAAGAGUUUUGCUGUGCCAGCCAUUACUCCUCACAACCCUACCUUUGAGUCACCAGCUUUGCCAAGCACCCCCCUACUUGCGCAAACAGGGCCUCAUUCGGUUAAGACUGCUUCCAUUGGCACACUUGGUAGAACCCGAACCCCCAUGGUUGUUACAGUGCCUAGUGCCCCAGAUGCGCCAGAGAGCAGCAAGAUGUUGGAGGAUCCAGAAAAUAGCUACAAGACAGAUGUGCUGACAGAGGAGAUGGCUCAUUUGGAGGGCCUGAUGAAAGACCUAAAUGCCAUCACUACCACCUGAGCACAGCACCUUUGUAACUCCAGUGAAGUCUCAUACACCACAGACUCAUAAAUAGGAUGACCUUUCAAAUGAACACGAGAAAAAAAAAACAGAAAAUAAACUUAACAUUCUGGCUAACCUUGCUUAGUCUCAGGAAGGAGAUGGCCAUGUUAUCAACUGUUUGCUUUUUUAAACUAAAGGGGAAGGUGCCAACAUUCUCAGAGGACAGUAAUAUCAGUUCAAGCAAGAAGAUUUCAAUACUUUUUUCUUAUCCUCAGCAAGAAGAUUUUUUCUUCAAUUUGAUUGCUAUGGAGUCAGCUGUAAAAGACAAUUUUCUCAUGCUAGAAGAAAAAGGAAAACGACAGCAUUUUAUUUUUCAUGUUGGUGCUUUGAACAUUCAAGUGUUUUCCCUGCAAUUUCAUAUGUAUAUUGCUCAUAUUCUCCAUGUUCAUGUAAUUCGUUUUUGUUCUUUUUGUAUGCAGCAUUUGGUUCCUUUUUUUGGUAUGUCAUAUAUUGUGCCAUGUCUUAGUUAUUUUCUGAAAUGUGUAUUGUGAUAUACAAAUAACCUAUAGAUUUGUAUAUAAGUUAAACCUCCUUUUUGCUGUUACUCUUACUUUCAGCAUUGUCUGUGCGAGAGUAUUCACACUCCAGUUGGCUCCAUUUGGGAUGUGCUGUGUAUUUUUAAUGUGUGUGCCCACAUCCUUCCACCAAGAUGCAUCAUAGACCUUUUGUGUGACCCUUUUCAAAGAUGGCCUUAUUAUUUUUUCUUAUAUUUAAAACAUUUUUGUAUCAAGUUGUCAUAGAACACAUGUUCUGAUGUUCUUUCAUUAAGAGGUACUACAUAAUACUGUGACUCCUGACAGGUUAGUCCUGAAUUCCCAAAAUGCUGUCUAGUUUGUCAACCACACAAACAUAACACAGGUGUGGUGGUCACAAGUCCUAUCAGAAUCAUAUCUUCCUGUUGACCAACAGUCAGGCUUGUUGUGGCAGCCAGUCUAUCAACCAAACUUACCUGCUGCCUGCUCCAUGUAAUUGUAGUUGGAAAGUAGAAAUGUAGAGAUUUCAUUUUCUUAACAACUGAAAAUAUUGCGCACUGUCUGAGAUUCUCCCCACUCACGUUAUCAAAAUGAAGUUCUUUUUGCAUCAGUGCACUUUUGGAGUACAUAGAAUUAACAAAAGUGUAACAAGAGUCCUAAUUCAGCUUUUUUAAACAUGUCAUUUUAUAUGAAGAAAAUACUAUGUUCUUGAAUUUAAAAAAGAAAGUCUGCGUGAAUGGAAGAAAAAGAUUAUGUUCCCUUGGGACAGUGUUUUUUACAUACCUGUUACCCAAAGAAGAAAUGUCAUCACAAUCAUUUUGUUCUACUUUUUCAUGUCUCAUGUACAACUUAUUGAAUGUCAAGGUGAUUGUAACAAGUUGGGUUUCAAGGAACAUAUAAAAUGCCCAGCCAGGAUGGGUCAAAAAGGAAAAAAAAACAAAACAUGUUUGGUAGCCUGUUGAGUUGUAGAUGGUCAUACUCCUAUUGCACUUUUCCGAUUUUUCAAAAAAAGAAAGCAUUUCUUACAUAUCCCGUUUGGAAUGAUCUAGCUCUCUUUGUGUAAUGUAGUGUCAUAGCUUAGCUGUUGGCAGCUGGUGUUGUUUCUUUGUAUAUUUGCCUCUGAAAUGGAAUUUUGCAACAACUUUACACAUGUUGCAACUGAGUACUUCUACGCUUAUUUCUGUACAAAAUCUCCUUUGCUGUCUGUAGAAUGUACUGUGGGAUUUUUAAGCACAGAAAAAAAUCUGAAAACAGUACAAACUAGUUUGUUUGCUUGAUCUCCCAAAACAUUCUUGAUACAACUGUCAUAUGCCAUCAUGAAGUCAACUGUGUGUAUGUAGCUCUGGGUUUAUAUGAUCCAUAUGCCAAGUUUGUACUCAGAUGGGUCAUCCUCAAAGGGUCAAUCUCCCAAGUUAUCACAGCAAAGCCUGAAACAAGCAGAGGAUGGCCUUUUUAGAGUUAUCUAUUGAAGUUCUCAAAAGUGCAGUCAUUGAUUGUAAUCCAUCACACUUUUUGCUGAAUUCCGUGAAAUAAUCCUCAUGUUCAUCUGUCUCCCUAGUGUCUGUGUGCUUUUUAAAAGGCUCUGGUGGUGAGCCACAGUUCUUGCUCUCUGAGGGAGGGGUGUAAUUUGGCUUUUGGACUCAGACCCUUGCCAUGAACGCCCCUUUAAGACUAUAUAUUGCUGGACUUUUGCUGGUGCUAAUAGGUUAAUACUUGUAGAGUCUUUCACCUUUAGGCAUGGUGGUUUGCAAGGGGGUGACAAAUGCUGCAUAAUUGAAAUUUAUCUUCUGAAAUUUAAACAUAGGUAUGGGAAUGUUAGAUAAAAAAAUGUCCUGAGGUAGGAGAGAGGAGCCCCAAUGACCUGUUCACUGCAGUCUGUCCUGUUUUGUGGGCAGCUGUGCACCAGACUGUAAGGGAUAAGCGUAUAGGACAAAUGACUGCAGAGUAAAACUGGAUCAGCAGCUCUUGUUCUACUUCAGGUCAUGCUUCUUGAUCCUCAGCAUGUUCAGCUCCAUGUUGCUCUAAUUGCAUAUUGAUGGAAGACUGAAAGACUUGUGUUGUGGUGUAGGCUUGUCAUCAUCCUGGAUGAAUUCAAUGACUGUAGUGUCAUCUGCAAAUGAAUGUUUUUUGCAGAAGUUUCCAUGGUGCCAUUAUUGGUAUUGAGUAUGGGUUUUAAAUUGAUCCCAAGGAAUAUCACCCUGAUAAUGGAAGCAAUCCAAGGGCCAUCACCGAAUAACAAAGUGCUUAUCACUUUGAAACUACAUUGCAGAUGCAUGGUUGGUGACCACCAGUGGGCUGCAGACCACUGGUUGGAAAUCCCAGGUGUAGGGGGAGAAGUGUAGCAGAGAGAACACGGAUCACUAGUGCUUAUUGUACUUAUGCCAGAAGUGACUUCCCUCAGCCUCACCUGUUCCCUGACUAUCAGGAAGCUGGUUGUCCACUGACAGAUAUAGCCUCUAAGCGGUAAAAAUUUGGGGCAGGCUAUUGCUGAAAUAAUACUGUUGAAUGCGGUCCUGAAGUCCACAAACCAGAGUCUCUGGAAAGUCCAGGUGUUUCAUGAUGUUGCACAGUCCAAUGUUGACGGACCUGUUAGUUUGCCAGGCAAACUGCAGAAUGUCCAGGUGAUGCUCUUCGGAUGGACCAAUAUUAUUCUUUCAAAUCUCGUCAUGACCACAGAGGUCUGUAGUCAUUUCAUGCUUUUAUCCGAAUUUGUGUAAAAUGACAAUGGAGACCUGUCAAACGUAUUACAAUGGGGCUGAUUCUCUUAUGUCUUAAAGGCUUAAAAGAUAGUCAAGCCAUGUACCUUAAAUAUUGUACUCCCUAAUAGUCAGCCUCUUAUAAUACUGUAUGUGGCUUGAAUGUCCAAUUCACAUAAAGCUGGGUGAAAUAAAUGCUCCAUAAUUUGACUGCGACAUGGUGUUGCCAUGUGCAACCCCUGGCAAAAAUAUGGAAUCACCGCUCUUGAAGGAUAUUCAUUCAGUUGUUUUAUUUUUUAAGAAAAAGUACAAAUCACAGAUUUAUUUUUAAUUGAACAGAUGAACAUUCUUAGCCUGGCCUUGCCCACCUAGAUCCUCUUUCAGGGAGAUCUAUCUUUGGAUCAUGUACAGGAAAAAGCACAUGUGACAUCGCUCAAUCCUGAGGGACAAAAUAUGGAACCACAAACCUAAACCAAUCAAAAUAGUACUUUGUUGCACCUCCUCAGGCUUUUAUAACUGCUUGAAUUCUCUGAGGCAUAUAAUUUACUAAUGUAGAACAGUAUUCUUCAUCAAUCAGUUUUCAACUUUGUCAAAUAGCAGUUAACAGAUCAGCUUUACAGGAUGGUGCCUUGUCAUGCACUUCUCUUUCUGUUCCGUUUCGUCCUUUUCUCUUUUUGUUCCAUUUCUUCCGUUAUCUCAUUCCAUCAAUCAAAAGGAGUUUUGGUCAGCAGGAAGUAAUUUUCCAGGAUGCCAAUGCACCUUGCAAUAGAGCAAAGAAUGUUAAAACCUUUCUUCAGGAAAGAGACGUCAAUAAAUUAAAUGGGCAGCAAACCAUCAAGAUCUUAAUUCCAUUGAAAAUGUUUGAAACUAAAGAAACUGGUGCAUGACAAGGCAACAUCCAGUAAAGCUGAUCUGUCAACUGCUAUUCGUUAAAGUUGAUAUGUGAUUGAUGAAUGCUGUUCUACAUUAGUGAAGUCUGUGACUCCGAGAAUUCAAAAUCAUAAAAGCCAGAGGUGGUGCAACAAAGUACUAGUUAUGAGGCACAUCUGUUAUUAUUUGUCUUUUUUCAAAAAAAUAAAAUGGCUGAAUGAACAUGAUCCUCAAAGAGGUGAUUCCAUAGUUUUUGCCAGGGGUUGUACUAGCUGAAAAAAAAUAAAUCACACUUCCCAACUCCUCUUCAUCCCCCACUGUUGCAAAUCUUUGGAAACCCCACAUCUUACAUGCUUUCCUUUGAUUACUGAAUGAUUUUUUGAAACUUAAAUUCUUGAAAAUGUUAACAACUCCAAUUACAAAAAGUUGAGAUGCUGUGUAAAAUGUAAAUAAAAGCAAAAUGAUAAUCUGUAAA